AUAGUGGUAUGCCAGCAUCCCCACAAUCAGUGUUAGGACAUUUUCAUCAACCCAGAAAGAAACCCUGCAGCCUGCAACCCUCCUGUGCCCACCAACUUCCUGCCUAUGGGUUUGUCUGUGCCAGACCUUCCACAUAAACAGAAUUGUGUAACCUUUUGUGGCAGGCUCCUUCACUCAGCACAGCGUUUUUGAGAUUCACCUAUGGUGUAGCAGGCCUCUGUAUGUCAUUCCCUUCUAUUGCUGAAUUGGCUGUAGCCCCUUGUUUGGGGGGAGCCCCUGGAGUUCAAGUUCUCUUGAAGCCAGGAUUGGCUCCCUGGGGCCCGGGCUGCUCCCCAUGUCCCUGCUUCGGGCGGGCAUCAGGCCCCACCCAGUGAGGCCCACUUACACUGCCUUUGGGCCUCUUCUUCCCAGACCACGCCGUGGUAGCCAGGGCCCAGCACUUGGUGACCUUUGAUGGUCGGGUGUGGGGCCUCAGUGCCCACUGUGGCACCUUCCUGCUGGCCAAAGACUUUUCUCAUAACACGUUCUCACUGAUGUUGAGGCGGGUGGGCUCAGGACUCGUGGUCCUGUCUGCAGAGCUGGGCAGCAUGACCCUGAUCCUCUACCCCAGUCUGAAGGUGAGCAGGUGGGGCCUGAGAGCUGGGGCUGGGGAAGGGGAGGGUGUCUUCCCUUUGAGACCUGUGUCCACCAGACCAGUCAUCCAGCCUGCUUCCCUGCUGUGGGCUAGCCAUCCUGUUUAGCCCCUGCCUCGCCCAUAGACCUACAGGCUGUACAACUCUUCCCUGCCUGGGGACAGCUGCCCGGACCUCAGGCUGCCUCCUGCCAAGAUGAGGAGUGGCAGCUCCAGGAUUGAGCUGGCCAGUGAGGAUGGGGUCUUGCUCUCCUGUCACAUUCAAGCCGGCCUCUGCAGCCUGACCCUGGGCCUCUGGCACCACGGUGGGUCUGGGUCCCAGAACAACCUCUUUGGGAUAGACUGCAAUCAGCUUCCAGGGCUGAGGGCAGGAGGUCCAGGGGCUCUUGAGGACCUCACAACCUUUGCAGGCAAGAGAACAGCUUAAAUGCUUCAGAACUGGGGAGAACCCCCAAGGCCUCUCUCCCUGCUCUGGGACAGCGCCUGAUCCAGGAGAGAUAACACCUGUGACUGCACAGCAGCCACUGCCCUUGUUUCUAGCAUUGUAAUGUGUGUAUCCGUGGCCUUCUGGGCACCAAUGACAAUGAAGAGGGCAAUGAGCUCAUGUUGCCUGAUGGCUCCAUGGCCGGCAGCCUGGAGGAGCUCAGCCAUGCCUGGCAGGUGAGUGGUGACUGCAAGGCCACUGAGAAGCCUCAGCAAGCAUGCCCAGAGCAGAGCCCCACCUGCCGGACCUUCUUCCAGGACCCCCACUCCAGCCUGGGAGACUGCUUCCAGGUGGUGGACCCUCAGCCCUUCCUCAGCUUAUGCAUCCAGGAUACUUGUGGUCUCCAGGAGCUCCAACCUGCCUGCAACCUAGUGGCUGCCUACAUUCACCUGUGUGCCCGGGGCUUCGUGCCCCUGGACCCUCCUCCAGAGUGUGUUUGAGAUUUUGCCUGAGCUACCACCAGGCUGAGGAAAACUUCAGACUCUGUCACCUCGGAUCACAAUUCCGGUUCUUGGCAAGAUCGAGGUUCUUGGCAAGAUCGAGAUUCUUGGCUAGGACAGAAUAACCAGCAUAGGAUGCCAGGAAACUCAGGGGAAACUCAGACACAGGAAAGGAGCUGUUUGCUGUUGCUUUCAAAAUGUUCCCCAGCCGUCCUGGUGAUUCUCUGCCUUCCUCCACACCUCCUCCCUACGAUACUGGUCGCUGGCCAGCCAGACCCCCCCUGGUGGGGGAGC